CAGCUCUUCAGUGCGUGUUGGCGAGUUCCAAAGGCAACACAGAAAAAAGAAAAAAAAGUAGAGGACUUUGAGUAGAACAGUGUGAUCUGUAUGUGUCGUGUUUAGUGUCGAAUUAGUAGUUUGUUUAAUUUUUGAUUAUUUGUGCGGUAUCCAUGAUCUCCACGAUGGAAGAAACCAAGACUGACAUCAAGUCGAAGAUAUCCUUUAGCGUGGAAUCGUUACUGGCGACUUCUGUCACAAAACAAUCUCCGUCGCCCACACCAGACGAGUGUUCGAGUUUUUCGGAAAAUGAGGAAAAUAGGUUUGACACGUCCAGCGAGAAAAUCGAUGAUGAUGAUGACGAAGAGGAAAAUAUUACUGUUGACGAUGAGGAUACGGACGGAAGGGAGAGUUUGAGUCCGGGGUCGCAGCAUACCGUGUUGAUACCUCAGCCAGUGCAUCCGUCUAUGUCCAGGAUUAUACCGCCGGGGCAUACGCAGUGGCCGUUUGCUUGGCCAGGGCCAAAUGGACCUUUUAGGUCGAAUUCUCCACAAACUAAUAUACCAAAUCUGAAUGGAGCUGGUGGUCCUCCGAUAGUUAGGUGUGCACUAAGGAAACACAAACCAAACAGAAAACCUAGAACGCCCUUCACGACGCAACAGCUUCUAGCCCUAGAGAAGAAAUUUAGAGAUAAGCAGUACCUUAGCAUAGCAGAACGAGCAGAAUUUUCCAGUUCACUUAGAUUAACAGAAACACAGGUCAAAAUCUGGUUUCAAAACCGCAGAGCCAAAGCCAAGCGACUCCAAGAAGCCGAACUGGAGAAACUGAGGCUCUCUGCCAGACCCCUGCUUCCCCCCACCUUCGGCCUGUUCCACGGGGGGGCGCCCCUCAUCUCCCCCUUCCUCACCGCGAUGGCGCACCGGCCGCCCCAUUUCGCCUUCUCCGGCCCGGGGCCGAUGCUCAACAUGCCCCAAUGAAACCAAAAGUGAUACGAACAAUGUAAAUAGUCGGUGUAUAUAGUGUUGGACAGUCGUCGGGACAAUGUAUAAUAUUAAGGAAAGAGACGUUUAUUGAACAUUCGGUUGGUACUGCCAAAGUUUAUGAAAUAUUUCUUGGCAUGCUUAUUACAUUCAAAUUUUGGUAUGUUUUAUUAAGGAUUUAAAACCGGGUCUGCGUUUAGGUAUCGAAUAUAACAAUCUAGCAGAAUCUGACAUAUUUGUAGGUCUUCAAGCAAAAGAUACUCCAAAGUCCAAAAACGAACCAUUUUUUAAUGCAUUUAUUUCUUACUG